AUGACUUCCCUCUCUGCCUACUUCUGCUUUUGGAGGGCAAGUUUUCUCACGCCCCUGGCGCGCAAGAGACAACACUGGCGGCAGAAGUUGCUCGCAGGGCGUGAUUCCAAUCCCAGUCCGGUUGACAGCGGGCCAGGUCGUGCGCUUGCAGCCCGGAAGUUAUGUGAGUUUUAUACCUACUUUCAUGAAACUAUUCGCAAGCGCGACAUGCAUUAUGUGGCGGCUAACCUCCUCAAUCCCCUCACAGAGCCAGAGCAGCUAUCCUAUGCCGAGCUGGCGGGGCCAGUCAUGGUGCAGUGGUUCGUGUCCCACUGUUGGCACAACCCUUUCCCAGACCUCGUAGAGAGUUUGCGCCGCCUUGCACUCAGCUUGGCGGAUGGCGAUAAAUCUUGGCAAGAUGUGGGCUGCUGGAUCUGCUCUUUUAGCAACAACCAGUGGCGCCUGGAUAUUGAGCUCGGAAAGGGUGAUCCUAUGGCCUCCUCCUUCAAUUUGGCACUGCUGAGCCCCACCUGCAAGGGGACGGCCAUGAUCUUGGACGAAAAUGCGCAGGCAUUGCGGCGAUCCUGGUGUCUUUUUGAGGUCUUCCAGACCUUCCGCCUUAGUGCAGAGCGUCGCGACCACGAGGGCUUGCUGAUGUGCACACCGGCAGGCGUUCUACAAAGAGGCGUCGCCAGCGUUGACACCGUAGUGGUGUUGGCACAGACGCUAUCGAGCAUCAGGAUGGAAGACGCUUCGGCAUCCCUGGUGGAGGAUAAGGUCAUGAUCGACUCCUGCGUCCAAGCAAUGGAGGGUGGCUUCGGUGCUGU